UUUUUCUAAGGAACUUCAGAGAGUCUUUCGUACAUACCGGAAAGAAACCAAUACUAAUGAGCAAGUUUGUCGCGAAUAUAUUUUUUUAUUCUUGAGAUUCGCGGUUCAUUAUGCAAUACUUAACAUAAAUAAUGCAAUAUAUAUUACCAAUGAAUGGGUUCUUAAAGGGACUCGUGGAAAUGGUCCUGUUGACUAUAUUAUAUUUGCUGACGCUAUGAUAGUGCUGAUAUGUGAAGCGAAGGCUGACAAUAUGGAGAAGGGAUUAGCACAGCUCCUUGUGCAAUUACACAGCGCAGUAGAAAAUUUUGCGACAACAGGACCAAAUCCAAAGAUGUACGGAAUCGUUACAACUGGAACAUCUUGGCGAUUUGUUUGUUGGACCGGAUCAUUAGAAGAUCCAACAAUAUAUCUCUCUCAACAAUUUAGUUGCAACUAUAUUAUCAUUUAUUGCUAGGAUAUUACGAGACCAAUGUGAACCUGUUCAUGACUGAGUGUUUGUAUCAUGUAUUUUUCAUUUUGUAUUUCUGCAAGAGAAAGUUGUAAUGGCUUAGUCUAGUUAUUCAAGAAAAUCAAUAAAGUUUGCAAUUUUUCUAACAUGUAUGUGGGUGUGAUGUGUGCAUCGGAAUAAUAAAAAGUUUAUUGUAAC